CUCCCUUUCUCUCUCCUCGCGCCGCAGUUGGGAGCCAGCACCCCAACCCUUAUCAAACCCUAAACCAAAAAAUACCUCCAAAAAAAAAAAUCCCAAAAAUUGUAUCGAUGGCGGCGCAGGCGGCGAGCUCCCCGUCGGAUGGUGGCUCCCCGGCCGCGUCGGCGGCCGCUGCGGCCGCUGCGGCGGCGGCAUCGUCGUUCCCGGCGACGUCGCUGUACGUGGGUGACCUCGACAUGAGCGUGCAGGACGCGCAGCUCUUCGACGUCUUCGCGCAGAUCGGCGGCGUCGUCUCCGUGCGCGUCUGCAGGGACGUCACCACGCGGAAGUCGCUCGGCUACGCCUACGUCAACUAUAACACCCCCGCCGACGCUGCACGGGCUCUUGAGAUGCUGAACUUCACUCCUAUCAAUGGGAGGCCUAUCAGGAUAAUGUACUCUAACCGUGAUCCCAGCCUACGCAAGAGUGGCACAGCAAAUAUUUUUAUUAAGAAUCUUGACAAGUCAAUAGACAACAAAGCUUUGUAUGAUACAUUCUGUGUGUUUGGAAACAUUCUUUCGUGUAAAGUUGCAACUGAUGCUUCUGGAGAAUCAAAGGGCUAUGGAUUUGUUCAAUAUGAGCGGGAUGAGGCUGCUCAUGCUGCUAUUGAGAAACUUAAUGGGAUGCUUAUGAAUGACAAGAAGGUGUAUGUUGGCCCUUUCAUUCGUAAGCAGGAGAGGGAUAAUUCUCCAGGCAAUGUCAAAUUCAAUAAUGUUUUUGUAAAGAAUCUAUCUGAGACUACCACUGAAGAUGACUUGAGGGAAAUCUUUGGGAAGUUUGGAACCAUAACUAGUGUCGUUGUCAUGAGGGAGGGAGAUGGAAGAUCCAAGUGUUUUGGAUUUGUCAAUUUUGAGAGUCCAGAUGAGGCUGCUCUGGCUGUUCAAGACUUGAAUGGCAAGAAAUUUGAUGAUAAGGAAUGGUAUGUUGGAAGAGCACAGAAGAAGUCGGAAAGAGAGAUGGAAUUGAAAGAGAAGUUUGAAAAGAACCUUCAAGAGACUGCAGAUAAGUAUCAGAACACCAACUUGUAUCUGAAGAACUUGGAUGAUACUGUUGAUGAUGAGAAGUUGCGAGAACUUUUUGCUGAGUUUGGCGCUAUUACUUCCUGCAAGGUAAUGCGGGACUCAAAUGGUGCAAGCCGAGGUUCUGGAUUUGUUGCUUUUAAAUCUGCUGAAGAUGCUUCCCGAGCUCUCGCUGAAAUGAACAACAAGAUGGUUGGCAGCAAACCGCUUUAUGUUGCACUCGCACAGCGUAAAGAAGACAGGAAAGCAAGGCUGCAGGCACAGUUUUCGCAAUUACGUCCUGUUCCAAUGGCUCCAACAGUUGGUCCUCGCAUGGCCAUGUUUCCUCCUGGCGUUCCUGGAGUUGGCCAGCAGCUAUUUUAUGGCCAACCACCCCCAGCGUUUAUCAACCCUCAGCCUGGAUUCGGCUUCCAGCAACCUCUCAUGCCUGGGAUGAGGCCUGGUGCCCCGAUGCCAAACUUUAUGAUGCCUAUGGUUCAGCAAGGACAGCAACCACAACGCCCAUCUGGUAGGCGUGCUGGUACUGGUGGAAUGCAGCAAAGCAUGCCAAUGGGUCAGCAACAGAUGAUUGCUAGGGGUGGCCGUGGCUACCGCUAUCCUACUGGACGUGGCAUGCCUGAUCCUGCUAUGCAUGGUGUUGGUGGUGGGAUGCCAUCCCCAUAUGAGAUAGGUGGGAUGCCUAUGAGAGAUGCUGGCGCAUCACAGCCUGUUCCAAUAGGUGCAUUGGCUACUGCACUUGCAAAUGCACCCCCUGAUCAGCAAAGAAUGAUGCUUGGUGAGAACUUGUACCCUCUUGUUGAUCAGCUGGAGCAUGACCAGGCUGCCAAGGUGACUGGCAUGCUUCUGGAAAUGGACCAGACUGAGGUGCUGCACCUGCUAGAGUCGCCUGAUGCUCUCAAGGCCAAGGUUGCUGAAGCCAUGGAGGUUCUCCGCAGCGCUCAGCACACCAACCCGUCCCCUGAACAGCAGCUGGCUUCGCUCUCGCUGAAUGACCAUGGCGUCAUCUCUUCCUAAGCAGACCGUCAACAAUUUUUGCACCAUAUAUGUCUUGUCUAGACUGAAAACGACUUGGUUCAUUUGAGAUUUAGCUUGUGGCGGUAGUGGAACUAGGUGUUUUAGGCUUUGAAUGGAUUGGCUGUUUUAUUUGCAUGGAUUGGUUAUUUUGUCCAAGUUGGCAUCAGGUUGUUACUGAAGCUAACUAUCUCUCUUUCUUAUGAUGGUACUUAUUCCUUCCCUGCCUGAGUGCUGUUUCGUCUGCUGAAAUAACUGGAAGACGUAAAAUCAUGCAUGA